AUGUCUUUAAAUUAUACUGAUUCAAAUACAACUUAUGCACUAAUCAUUUCUUUCAUCGAUUUAUAUUUUGAAGAUAAUCAAAUUGAUCAAACUACCCCAGAAUCAAACUGCAACACUGUUUUAAGUGAUAUAUCAUUACCUACACCAGAAUCAAUUCAACAAACCAAUGAAAAAUUUAACCAAGAAAAUUUAGACGAAGCUGAAAAAGAAGAAGAAGAAACUGGAGAAGAAGAAACUGGAGAAGAAGAUACUGGAGAAGAAGAUACUAAAGAAAAAGAAAUUAAGGAAGAAGCUAAAGAAAAAGAAACUGGAGAAAAAGUUCAAGCAGUAAUUGAAGAAGAAAGUGGAGAAGAAAUAGAAGAAGAUAUUGAAGAAAAAGAAGCUUCUGAAAAGUAUGCUCAAGCAACUAUUGGUAGAAACUUUAACUUAACUCAAAUUUGUAAUGAUGAAGAAGAUCAUUUAAAAAAGGUUGAAGAACAAUUAGGAGAAGGAAAACAAGAUUAUGAAGAUACAACAUCUGAUAAAAAAUUUAAACAUCCUUUUUCAGAAAGAUGUAAAAAAUUUUGUAAAAAACGCUUCCCAUUUUUAUUAUCAAAAGAAACAGAUGAUCCAGAAGAUAUUUUAAAAGUGCUUUUCAAAACUCAUCAUAAUAUUACUAUACCUGGUUAUGAAAAUUUGGAUAACAAAAACCAACGUACUUUUGUUUUAAACAAAAAGGAUUUUAAAAAAAUGAAUGACAUUUUGAAUAAUAUAUAUUCUCCAGAUGCUGAUGUUUCAAAUGAAACUCAAAAUAAAACUUCAAAAACCAACAAAGUCAAAAAUGUCUUUAAAAAAUUAAAAUGUAAAAAAAGUGGUAAAAAUUCAAAAUCUAACAUACCACCUCCAAAAUCAAUAUUAAAAAAUGCACAAAAUAUCAAUUAUUCAUUAGAAAAAGAAAACUGCAAAGAAGCAGAUAAAAUUUCCUAUGCUCAAUUUUGGAAUAAAUUAAAUGAAGAUGAAGCUAUCAAUAAGAAGAGAGAAGAUGAUGAUUAUUAUUUUACCCCAAGACUUGAUCAAGUAAGAAGUUAUUAUCAAUCAAUCAAUUAA